UUCGAUACUUAUGGUGGCUGUGUGCCAAGCGCUUCCUUCAGGCUAAGAGUAUACAGACAACGGCUGGACCAUGGAGGAGUACUCGAAGGACGAGGUCACACCUCCUGAUGCGUUUGGUAUUGUGGAAGCUGGCGUUUUCAGGUCAAAUAUUCCAUACCAUGCCAACUUCUCUUUUCUCAGAAAACUGAAACUAAAAACUGUAGUGGUUCUCUCACCAGAGCGUCCAGUAAGGGCUGUUACGGAAUUUCUGGAUGAAAAUGGUAUUGAUAUGAUACAUCUGGGUAAGCUCACAUGGUCGUCCGCGAGUUGGAAACCCAUGAGUGAUGAAAUGCUCAAAGAGGGUCUACAGUACGUAUUGGAUGUGGAACGCCACCCUAUCAUGGUCACAUGCACGUUUGGUAUAUAUCAGACCGGCACUCUGGUGGGUUGCCUCCGACGGUUGCAAAAUUGGAAUUUGAAUGCGAUCUUGAGUGAGCACAAUAUGUAUGGGGGCGAACGCACCCGGUACUUCAAUGUGCUGUUAAUAGAGAUUUUUGAUUUGGAUCUGGUAACGUUGCCGUUGAACCUGCCGGAGUGGUUUGUGCGACAGCAAAUGAUGCAGGCGGCUGAGGCCAUGGAGUCAAAGGCUGUGAUGAAAUGAUGGGAGUCCAGUGUCAUUUGUACCAAUCAGACAAGCGCUACAGUGUUCCCUGUGGCCCGAGUGAGGAGGAGAAUGUGGCCUGUGUACGUUCACGGGCUUAGGGGAAUGACGUUGUUCCGCGGAGUGAAGCGUGGGUGUGGCCAUUUCCACUGCGUAGUUAGGACUUUCUUAACUGCCUAGUGUUUUCACUGCGUAGUUAGGUCUGGGGUGAGCGCAGAGGCCCGUUCGCUAGUGAAAACGUGAUCCACACCGGCCUACGUGGAGAGUAUGUCACGGAACUCGAUCGCCGGGUGUGUUGCCAGAAUGGCGGCAGCUGAUACAAAUGGGAGAGAUUGCAUUUACACGCACACCACUUAUGAACAGGCCCAUGAACAAGCCGGUACUACGUAAAAGGGUAAAAGGCGGGAUGUUACAUUAUCCCUGAGUGCGUGGCAUGACGCCAACCAACCAAACAGUAGGCACACUCUGAGGCACCACUUGACUUGCGUACGACAAUCGAUUACCGAAGGGCCGUGUCUGGUACAGCGACGUAGAUAGUCUGUGCGCGUGUGGCUACUACUAGCGAGUGGCGCGUGAAUUGAACGGAGGGUUCACCUUCCCACCGAUGUGCUGCUACGCCACGGUGCACGCAUACAUGCAUCUCUCUCGCGCAAGCAUGCGGGAGACCUCUGAUUGACCAGUCGUGUGACACGCUCGGCUGACUUAUGUACAAGUGGCUCAGAGGCCCCGCCAGUGACGACAGAGCAGGUUUGGAGUGGCAAGUAGCUAUUUGCUUCCCUAAACCAGGUUUAUCGAUGCCAAGUUUUCCCAACCCAGGUUUACCUGGUGGCCCGGUACAACUAGACACCAUAGUAAACGACGGCGACAGGCGCUCGCGAUAGCACUCGUACAACCAUAUCAAUUGGUAUCAGCAGGACAAUGCAACCAUUUAUCAUGGCGCACUUGCGUACCACGAAGGUCUUACUACGAAGGCCUGUGCGACGUUCCAGCAGUUGUGUAUCCGAGAUGCUUGUAAUGUUGGAUUUAGAAGGCUAUGCUUUGUGUGCAAGCCUGACGCACUUUCGAAGGUGUGUGAAAGUAACGGAGGUGCGUGCGUGUGUGUGUGUGUGAAAGUUAGCCCAAACCGUCGCACGCACAACCCACACACACACGCACGCGCGUGCUCUGUGCUUGUGAACUCAUCUAAUUGAUAACAAAUGGAACGAAUACAACUAGUGCCCGAUGCUGUCAGAAAGACCGGCCUUUAUCACAAGCACGGGUGUGGGCGUGUGAGGGGGGAGCCCAAACUCGCCCACUACCGCAGCUGUAGCGUCGUCAUUGGUAGUGCCAUUGCGUGCACCGUACGUACCCACAACCAGCAAACCCCAACAACCACCCCGUCUAUACCUGGUUGCCCCAGGAUGCUUGCUGGCGGCUGACAGUGCUGGUGUCUGUGGGGGUGGUGGGUGUAUGGUCUUGGGAGUGAGAGAAAGGGCCUUUUAACAGGCGGACGGUUGUCUCCUCCAGUAGACGGUACGACAGGACUCUCUACAUGGAGUGCAGGGCGUUCACUCUCACACUACCUCGCAUCGUCCCCAUGAAUGGGUCCCGGUGCUGUGUGGGGCGGGUACGGCCGUACUAUAAUCUUCGGGGGAGUGUCUGAGGCCGGUUUUUAGGCCGGGGCGUUGGCUUUGGUUUCUACAGAGUCUGCUCCGUUGUUAUUAAGGAGUGUAGCAAGUAUUGUCUCCCGCCAGCGUACAAGUUUUAGCUCCGCUUAACGAGGGGAAGAUACUUUUGUCGGACGGUCUAAUAGACAGAGCUAUAGCAAUCGUUGUCUCGGCUGUGUAUAGUGUAUUCGGUCCCAUCUGUCUCGGCAUACAGUCACUGCUAGAGCGAUGCUGUGUCCGGUGGGCCGUGGCGUGAGUGUAGGAGACGAUGAUUGCUCGAUACAAGUUUAUCAAGUGCGGGGCAUAUGUUCGAUUGGUUAGUCAAUAAACAUUGUUUGAAGCAGGCAUGCCAAUGGUAACGCUCCUUUAAUCUAUGCCUACCUUUAUUUAGUCCAAGUAGUUUCCAGCAGACUAUGUACACCACUCGCUCUGUUGCAGAGAGUCACAGU